AUGAAAAGAAUACAAACUAAGAAAACUAAGAAAGCAACCCAAAAGGUGUUAUUACAAAAAUGUAUCAAAUCUAAGAUUCAAGUUUUGAGUUCACAAAAGAGUUUAUCAGAUGAAAGUCAGUUUAAUAAUGACGAUUUCAACUUUACAGCUUCGUAUAUGUUGAAUAGCACUUCAAAUAUGUUGAGUAGAAGUAACCAUCUUAUUAAUGAUGAUUUUGACUCUAUUGCUUCGCAUGUGUUGAAUAGUGCUUCAGAUAUGUUGAGUAGCAGUGACCAACUUAUUAAUGAUGAUUUCAAAUGCAGUUUUUCUACAACUUCAAAUAUAUCGAGUAGUGCCUCAGACAUGAUAAGUACUAGUGACUAUAGUGGAAUUAAUUUUUAG